GACCAGGCGGUCGGGGCUAGCCGACGGUUACUGGUGUUGCCAGAUCCGUCAGGCGGAGCCUCGCAGCACGGAGUCUGCCGACGUGGACGGACGGCGGCCGUCCGCCCGCUCCAGCUGCGAGACUUGCUGGUCCUUCCGCGCUUUUAAGAAGCCGCGGAGACGAAGCGCAGAAGCGGCUGGCAGAGGGGAUCUUUGCUGAGGGGAUCUUGAUUUGAGAGGAGGGCCCUUGAAUCUUGACGCGAGAGCAAGCAAGAUAGCUUCUUGUACUUGCUUGGUCUCUCCUACUUUCCAGACCAGAGUCCAUCAUGGCCAUGGGAGCUGUACUCUCCAGCAGAAGCUUCGCCUCUCCGCCCUCUUCAGUAAAGAGACAUGAGCUGAAAUAUUCCACAUCAACACAGAACAAGUGUGUGUGUUCAUCGGUUCCUGGACAAAGAUUCCAUCGACACAUUACUUGGACCUCUUUUUUCCCGGCCCAAAGUCAUUCAAGAAGCACUAUAUCGGCAAGACAUCAGAUAUCUGGGCGAUUUCAGAACCCUUCGUUGAAAUCCUCCGGAGACCUUCUGAAGGUCUCCAAUGCAAGCAUCAACAAGAGAGUUCUAUCCAGGGUUGAUUGCUUUCUCACUUCAGACCCAGCAAGCGGUGGUUGGCUAAAACCAAGUAGGUGGCAGAAUUUCACUAGUACUACUUGGGAGAGCGCUUAUGUCCACCCGGAGUACAGACUACCCAUCAGAAAACGUGCUGACUGCAAAGCUGGGCAGUAUGAAAUCACAGGAUCACCGUUCAGCCCUUCUGAUGGUUCUGAUGCAAUUCUGGUUGGAGAUACGAGCAACAUUUCUCCCUGGUGGCAGCAGUUCCCAAAGCGAUGGACGAUCGUACUCCUCUGCUUCUUUGCAUUCCUCCUCUGCAAUAUGGACCGUGUAAAUAUGAGUAUUGCUAUACUACCAAUGGCGUCAGAGUUCAGCUGGAGCCCAGCAACCGUUGGCCUAAUCCAAUCAUCUUUCUUUUGGGGCUACCUUCUUACUCAGAUUCUUGGAGGUAUUUGGGCCGAUAGGUUUGGUGGCAAGGUUGUGCUAGGAUUUGGUGUUGUAUGGUGGUCAAUUGCAACAGUUCUUACACCCCUUGCUGCCAAGAUUGGACUUCCAUGCUUGCUCAUCACACGUGCGUUCAUGGGGAUAGGCGAGGGUGUUGCCAUGCCUGCUAUGAACAACAUCCUUUCCAAAUGGAUCCCAGUUUCUGAGAGGAGCAGAUCUCUUGCUUUAGUUUACAGUGGAAUGUACCUUGGUUCAGUCACCGGCCUCGCUUUCUCACCUGUGUUGAUCAGCAGGUUCGGUUGGCCUUCUGUUUUUUACGCAUUUGGGUCCCUAGGAAGCAUCUGGUUUGCACUUUGGCAAUUCAAAGCACACAGCUCUCCAGAUGAUGAUCCAGAAGUGAGCAAAGCUGAAAAGAGGCACAUACUAGGUGGUAAUGCCUUAAAGGAGCCUAUCACUUCGAUACCAUGGAGACUAAUUCUAUCAAAGGCUCCAGUAUGGGCUCUAAUAAUAUCACAUUUUUGUCAUAACUGGGGAACAUUCAUUCUGCUAACAUGGAUGCCCACAUACUAUAACCAGGUUCUGAAGUUCAAUCUCACUGAAUCCGGGCUGCUGUGUGUCUUGCCAUGGCUGACAAUGGCUAUUUUUGCAAAUAUCGGCGGUUGGAUUGCUGACACUCUUGUUCAGAGAGGGAUUUCUAUAACAAAUGUCCGUAAGAUCAUGCAAUCUAUUGGUUUCCUUGGACCUGCCUUGUUCUUGACGCUGCUGAGCAAAGUCCAAACUCCAGCCAUGGCCGUGUUGUGCAUGGCAUGUAGUCAGGGUAGUGAUGCUUUUUCACAAUCUGGGCUGUAUUCCAACCACCAAGAUAUAGGACCACGUUACGCGGGAGUACUUCUCGGACUGUCAAACACUGCCGGCGUGCUUGCAGGGGUUUUUGGUACUGCUGCCACUGGCUACAUUCUUCAGAAAGGUUCUUGGGAUGGUGUGUUCAAGGUUUCUGUUGUGCUGUACAUAGUAGGAACAGUGGUGUGGAAUGUCUUUUCAACCGGAGAGAAAAUUCUUGAAUGACCUGUGCUGUGGAUAAAAAUUAGCUGCUUUUUAGAUCCAUUUUGCGUAAAAUACAUGGUGGCAGGGAAGGCUCUUUACGAGAUGUAGCCGAAAACUCCCUUGUUAGCUAGGGAUAUGGUGUUUGGGCUACUUAGAGGAUGAACUACAAAUUAAAGUGCGAUGCAGUUUAGAAGGUACUCCCUUCAUCUCAAAUUAUUAGUCAUUUUAGCUUCUCUAAGUACAUAAUUUUUGCUUGCUAUGAUAUAUGUUAUGUUUAGGUAAAUAGUAAAAUGUAUGAAUGUAGAAAAGCUAAACGAUUAAUAAUUUGGGACGGAGGGAGUAGAGAUAGAGAGAAAUAAAUCUCUUAUUCAGCAUGCAGCUGCAGCAAGGGCAUGCCAGAUUUUGAAGCAAGCUUUUGGCACUGUUUCGUGAGCACUCCAGGUCCAAGCUUGUGCCUGGUUCCCCUUCUUAUUUUGUUGUACAACAGUGAGCGAUGAAACUAUGUGUUCAGCCUAACUUUUUGAGUACAGGUAUUACUAUGCAA